AUGGAAGAGGUGUCCAAGCUUCGCCUUGUUAACGAAGGCAGCGACACUGAUAUCGAUGACGUCGAAAACGUCUUCACAGAGAGGGUCCUUCUAGACUACCCGGUUUAG